UCUUUAUUGUAGCAGAAACCCCACCCCUGCUUUCCUCCUACCUCCAUCCUUCGGUCUCCUCCGACUGCGACGAGUAGCUAGGGCUCGCCGAUUCGAUUCCUACUCGGUGUCGAAAGGUUUAAUCUAAACAAUGGCUGACACUGACGACAUUCAGCCUCUUGUGUGUGAUAAUGGAACAGGAAUGGUGAAGGCUGGCUUUGCUGGAGAUGAUGCUCCUAGGGCCGUUUUCCCAAGUAUUGUUGGUCGACCUCGACAUACUGGUGUGAUGGUCGGAAUGGGUCAAAAAGAUGCAUAUGUAGGUGAUGAGGCCCAAUCCAAGAGGGGUAUAUUGACUCUAAAAUACCCCAUUGAACAUGGAAUUGUUAGUAACUGGGAUGACAUGGAGAAGAUAUGGCAUCAUACCUUCUUCAAUGAGCUUCGCGUAGCACCAGAAGAACAUCCAAUUCUUCUCACAGAGGCCCCUCUUAAUCCCAAAGCGAACAGGGAGAAGAUGACACAAAUUAUGUUCGAGAGUUUUGAUGUCCCUGCCAUGUACGUUGCUAUCCAGGCUGUCCUCUCCCUUUAUGCUAGCGGACGUACCACAGGUAUCGUGUUGGAUUCUGGAGAUGGGGUCAGCCAUACAGUACCAAUCUACGAGGGAUAUGCACUUCCACAUGCUAUCCUACGUCUUGACCUUGCUGGAAGAGACCUGACAGAUUCCCUCAUGAAGAUUCUAACAGAGAGAGGAUACUCCUUCACAACCAGUGCUGAGCGGGAAAUUGUUCGUGACAUCAAGGAGAAGCUUGCUUACGUGGCACUUGACUAUGAGCAAGAGCUUGAGGCUGCUAGGACUAGCUCAACAGUCGAGAAGAGCUAUGAGCUACCUGAUGGGCAGGUCAUCACAAUCGGGGCAGAGCGCUUCAGAUGCCCAGAGGUUCUCUUCCAGCCAUCACUCAUUGGUAUGGAGUCAGCAGGUAUCCAUGAGACUACAUACAACUCCAUCAUGAAGUGUGAUGUCGAUAUCAGGAGGGAUUUGUAUGGAAACAUUGUGCUCAGUGGUGGGUCGACUAUGUUUCCUGGCAUUGCUGAUCGCAUGAGCAAGGAAAUCACUGCAUUAGCCCCUAGCAGCAUGAAGAUAAAGGUUGUGGCUCCACCUGAGAGAAAAUACAGUGUCUGGAUUGGUGGAUCCAUCUUGGCCUCGCUGAGCACAUUUCAGCAGAUGUGGAUUUCGAAAGCAGAGUAUGAGGAGUCCGGCCCUGCCAUUGUGCACAGGAAGUGUUUUUAGAUGCUCCGUUGAUUUUAUGCUAUGCUUUCAUACGGUUCAGUGUGAGACUUAACUCAGUCGAUGGUUUUGUUAUGUUGAAGUCCUUUUAAUAUUUCGAUGGUAAUUUCUGUUUUAUGGUUGCAUUUGGACUCUUUUUAGUAUAAUAUAUCAGAUACGCGUCCUUGUAAUGUCAGUUGGGAUGAUUUGAAGACUUGGAUUGUUGUUUCGAUUGGCAUCUUGAAUGGGUUGGUCUAUGUGGAGAUAACUUUAUAUUCAA